GCAGCCGAGAGGAAAACCAAUACGAAGAGAUUGAUGUGGACAAAAUGUCGAUUCCGCAUAUUCACCUCCCAGCUCUGGUCGGAAAGUUUUUGCCAGAAACAACCAAACCCGUUUGCCGCCAAGAAGAAAAUGUGUACAUGGACGUAGAUUCAGACAACUUAACCUCGCAAGACAUUCCUACUCCGGGGCUUCUCGGAAAGUCUCCGUCAGAAAAAAUGAAACCCGUUUGCCGUGAACAGGAAAGUCCGUACGUGGAUGUGGAUUCGGUCCACAUGUCGUCACAACAGGACAUCCACACCCCGGUCCUGACAGGAAGAACCAUGGCGGAAAUCAUGACACCUGACGCCACUCAGACAGACGGUGACGGGAGACAUUACAACAACGUACUGCUGACGUCACCGAUGGCAACAGCUGGACAGAAGGGUAAAGAACAGCCGAAAAGAAAUCAGUACGUGGACAUGGAUAUAGAGCUGAUCAAAGCAAAGAACGCUAACACCCAUAUCUUGAUCGGCACAACCACUGGGAAAACCAGUACACCUGACAACCCGCAAGCAGGUUACGAUGACGGGAGACGUUACCAGAACGUGUCGGUGAUGUCACCAGAGUCCGCCGUGGGUCACACAGAUCAGUAUGUGAGCUUCCAACCCGAAGCGGAAUAUUUCAACGUUGACAUUGUGACAGGACAAGCAAUGACCCAGUCCAUAAUACAAGGCGUAACACUGCAAAUCUUACUGUAUUCGCCAAACAUGGUUUCUUUCUUUCUUUUUUUUUUUUUGAAGAUGCCGUUCUUUUCAAAAUCUUAUGAUAAUAUUUAAUUAUCGUGAGAAAUAACAUGUUAUUGUUUCUUUGUCUUUCAAAAAGCUAUGUAUCCCUCGAUAAUGAGUAUGAUAAUAUGUCCUUUCGUUACUGCUUUUUGUUAUCAGAGAACAAUACUGUUCCUCCAUUUUUCUUAGUUUUGUCAAAAUUAGAUCUAGAUCUAGCGCUUUUUACCAUGGAUGCCAUUAUAAUAUAAAGGGUGAUGACAGCAAGAAGUCUACUGGUUUGUGAUUCUCACAUAAAAAGAAGUGAGAACAUGAAUGUAAUAAUAUUGUAUACUUUAACCCUAUCCGUACGUCGUGUUUUACUAUCGUACCCAUACGACGUGGGGAACUCUCUGCUAUCACUUU